ACGAGUCCCCGAAAAGCAAUGCCGGUGGGAGCAUGGCGAGAUCGCCGGGGAAUUACAAAAUGUGUGGAGGCAGAGUCUAUGGUGUCAAAGCUAUCAAUCAGGACCAGCUGGUAAGGGCCUUCAGAGCAGCACAGGAAGUGCACUGAUGUGCGUUUCUGUCUGCAAAACUGCCUGUCACCAGUAUGUAAAAAGUUACCCAGGCCAGCUGAAUGGGGGCAGUCUUCCCUCCUAAGGGAGCGGAAACGGAACACAGCCUCCGAGCCGGUGAGGCACAGGUUCCGUCUGCUGCGACGUUUGAAAGGCAUCACCGUCUAACAAUGCCUCGCAUCCUGUCCGAAAGUUUAAACAUGCCAGACUCACAGGAAGGGAUGUCAGGGGACUGCCUAGAUCCAGCGGACACCUGAAAAACGAUAUAGGCUGGGGGUCCUCAACCUUUCAGUCUUGGUGAUGAUGGAACAUUUGUUCCAUUUUACCGAAGGGAGGAGGGGGGUCUGAACCUACAAACAUAAGCGGUCAUAAAACAGAUAUGGCUUGAAAAUAUAUUUGGUUUUUUGGACAUUAGCAGACCCCUGCCCAGUGUUCUGUGACCCGGUUGAAUAGUCUACAGACUAGCGGUUGGGAACUUCUGAUCUAGACCACGUACUGCCAUGAGGAGGUGUGGAUGUGGCCCACGUGACCUCUGAGCACUGCUCUGGUUCCGAGUGAUACAGGUCCGAUGUCCAGUGCUAAUCUGUCCAGUGCUAAUCUCUCCGUGACCAGGAUCCCAGAAAGGGGCACUUUAAGGCAGAUGAUAAUAGAGCAAUAUCUGGCUAAACAGCGUCUCUCUUUGAAAGUGUCCUCCUUUACGAAAUCCUGUCACUAUCGCUUCAAGCUAACUGUAUCUCAGGUUAGCAUCUUAUCAGUCAGCCUACAUCUGUACCGAUUUUUCAAAGGGAUGUUUUAGGAUACACUGGUCACAGGCUUCCAUUUGAAUACAGCAUAAAUUUGGCUGCAAAUCAAAACUAUCACAUACCUGCCAAGUUACAUAAUGCCUCCCCCGCUGCUAAUGCAUCAGGAAUCCUGUGUAUUUCACAUCUUCAUCUCUCUGGGAGAUGGAACAUCUUUGGCCCUCUCUAUAAAGUGCCUUUGGGGUGGGGGGUGUCUGUGCGCUGAGGUGUGCUGCACCAUCACUCCUCACUGGAGUAUCCUGCACAGUUUCGAUGAAACGAUGUGGGUCUUAGUUAAUGGGCACCUGGACCACAAAAGGUUGUCCCAGCCAUUCUGACGUAAGAGGAGUGUAUUUCCAUGGCCGACAGGGAUGGGCUUUGGUUCAGAUGCGAGUGUCUUUUUAAUCCACACAGCGAGUCCACAGUGAUUGCCCAGACAACCACCCCCCAAACUGCCCAGGGCCUAGAAUAAUGUACUUCGUGAUCGAGAUCAAUUCCAAUCGUCUGGAGUGACUGAGUUCGAGUGCUCCAGCAUCACACACACACACACACACACACACACACACACACACAAUGAAAGUCCUCCAUCUACAGAUGCUGUCCCAGGCAAAUACACUUUCAUUCUGAAGCUGCAUGAUUCCUGAUAUUCCUCAUCAAUGAGGGAGGGCAAAAUAAAAGAAGUUCAAUUACCUAAUUAUCUCAUUUUUAGUCAUUCUUCUCUGUUUUUCUCCUUGUUUUUGUUUAUACAUAGUUUUUACAUACGUGUAAAAAAUAGUGCUCUCUAGUUUAGUAAUGGUCGCAUUGAUUUUGAUAGUGCCCCAAACGCUGUGUUAUGAGGAACGUGCCAGUAUGCCGAUAACAUCCGGUCAUGACCUGGACUGGAAUUUGCAACUCCAAAGGGGUUACGGUGAUCCAGUCAUCGCUUGUUGUGAAAUACACAGUGCACAGUGUGUUGAAUGCAGGAAUAAAAUUAUCAUAAAAUAAUGACAUAUAUAAAUAUCAAAUAAACAACAAAGAAAAAUAGUUCUGAGAGAGAUAAUGCAGCAGAUAUAAUCCUUUGUUUGUGUGUUCCCAGCAAGAGGCUGACUCAUGCAUUAAACGAUAAAGGUUAGUUUAGAGGAAUCAGCCAAUGAGCAAAGCAAGAGGUUUUACUGCUUAGCAUUUCAGGGUCACCUUAAGAGUGCUUAGGUAAAGGGGGAUUGAAGGAGAAUGGUCCUUCAGGUUACAAGGAAAACUCCCAUAGUCUCAGCACAGGGCUGGUUCCCAGCUGUGUGGGAAAUAAUAGCCCCCCCCACCAGUUACAUUACAGCUCCGUGUUGGGUGGGAGGGGGUGUAAACACUCUUGAUAAUCAGUCAUGCGUGUGUAGACUUUAUUUGAUGUACAGGAUGGCAGAACCAUUUCUCACACCAGCAGUUGUUUUGGCAGAAGAUCUGAGACCACUUCACCAGAUGAGGGCCCUGCAAUUCCGAAGCAUUGCCCCGAAAGUCCCCUCGGGGGUGUCUGCUCCUGCCAUCCUCUCCUGCCACACGCCUUCCACCCCAUCUGAUGCCGCACCCACUGUCGGCCCCAAGUCCAUCGUGAUGCCAGCCCAGAACUAUGCCCUGAUGCAAAUGGCUGGGCAGGGGGGUGCCUUCUCUCUGGUUGCCUUGCCCCCGUCGGUUUCACCUCCUGCACCACAGCAGCAGGCUCAGAAAUGUUCAUCCUUCACCAAAACUCCAAAACUGCCUAUUCCAAGGUACCAGCCCACACAGAGCAGGAACAUUCCUGAGAAAGUGGGUCAGGCCCUUGCGGUGCAGGUGCAGAGUCCAACUACAGGGGCGGCCACCUUGAACACAUGGCCCCCCGAAUCUCUGGAGAGUCCCUCCAAGGCAGAGCCAUCAGAUCAGGUCAUGCUAAUAGACUCUGGCUCCUCCGAAAUCUCUGUCACUGCCCUGCUGUCUGACAGUAGCAUCCUGUGCUCUAGCUCCAGGGUAGAGAGAGUCACCAAGGCGGAUGGGGACCUGUACCAUACUACUGGGGAACCUCUCACCUCUGUGGAUAAAGUACAGGAAGAGGGUAACCAAGAUGCUCCCUGCAUCUCAAAGUCUGGUGGCAUCACUGUCCUCUCACCAGCUGUCUUCAGCAAAGUGGUCCAGGUGAUUCCCUCACCGCCCAAGGGGAAGUUGCCCAUCCUGCCGUACUCCAAGAUGAAGAGCUCCCUCUUACCUCCAGCCAAGAUGAGCACAAAGCCUGCUGAGAAAGGCUUUCCUGGACCUCACUGCGGUCUUGCAAAUUCCACUAGUCUGGCUCACCGGACUCCUGUGGACACUGAUGCGAUGUGCCAAAAGCAAGUGCCAAACGUCUCGCAACAGAGCCAGCUACAGGCAAAAGGGACUAGCUUGCCAGGCGUUGGGCUCGGCACCUUACAGAAGUCGGCUGGCAAGAAGAGGGGCAGGAAAAGAAAGACCAUUGAGGACAUCUUGGCUUUUGAGGCUAGGAAGAAGAGGUCUCUGUCCUUUUUUCGGAGGAGAGUACCAGAUAAGUUGCACCCAGUAGCAACUGGGCCCAAGGAGAAAACUCUGGACAUUUCCAAGAAGUACCGGAGCAUCAGGCCAAAGCCAGUGCUGGUUCUGGAUACCGUGCCACAGCUGCUGGGUCUGUCACCCCACUCCAGCACCAAGCGACUGGAACAGGAGCUUCCCUUGGGCCGCCAGCUCCCCAGCAACACACUUGACGGCCGGGAUUUAGAACCUGUAGCUGAGCGGCCAGGCGUUGGCAGUGGGUACCUGUCCGUCAGGCAGCUCCACCGCUGUCCCACCUGUGGCCGCUGCUUCCAGUUCAAGCACCACCUGCAGAGUCACAUGAACAGCCACACCAACCGGCGGCCCCAUGCCUGCCCCGUGUGCCGCAAGGCCUAUGCCCACUCGGGGAGCCUCAGCACCCACAUGAAGCUGCACCAUACCGAGGGCCGGCACCGCAAGAACCAGCCCUGCGAGUUGUGCAACAGGGUCUUCAGCUACACGGGGGUGUACCUCAGCCACCUGAGGGAGGCUCAUAAGGUCAUUCUCACCAUGCAGCCAUCUGUCAGCCAGCAGGAAGAAGACGUCCCUGUCGAGGGUUUUUCCUGCAGUGUGAUGCCCCCCCACUCGACGGAUGAGCAAACUCAGGAGAAGGAGGAUCGCACAGAGCUGCAGAUAAAGUGUGGCCGCUGCCACACCGUGGAGCCCACCUUCGCAGACAUGAAGCUGCACCUGCUAUAUGUACACGGUGAGGAGGUUCAGGCAAGGCUAAGGGAAGAAGGUACAAGGGGUUACCAGGAGGCUGAGGACGAGCCGCUCAAACACCCCACUCACCAGCGCAGGAGUCUGGUCAAGUGUGGUAGCUGUGGGGAGGAGUUUUUCUCUUUCUCCAAGUUGAAGAGGCACAUCUACUCCCACCACCGGGGGGACCCAGAGGUGACAGUAGAGUAUGAGGAGCAUAAUGGGGAGCCUGCUGGUGAGCUGUUGCCUCCUAAAAGUGUAACACUCCAGACUGGUGAUGCCUACCACUGUGUGCUAUGCUCAGCCUCCCUGGACAGCAAGGAGGAACUUCUAGCACACUGGGGGGGGCAGCACAAUUGCGAGGAUCCGCCCUCCCUGUUGACCAUGCUCAGCUUGCUGGUAAAGCUUGAUGGUGCUAACCUUUCCACCGAGGGUCACUCACAGAUGGGGCCUGUCUGAUCCCACAAUGCACCUGGCCACAUAAACAUGCCCAUGUUCCUUUACACAGAUACAUAAGGACAGAAAUGUUGUUGUUUUUUUCUUUUAAAUGACUCAUGUUCAGGUUAUGAUUAUCUUAGCUUCUUAUGUUCUUAAGUACACAGGUUCACUCUUCUUUUAAUUUCAACCAAUUGACCAAAAUUGUAACUUUAUUACGGAAAAGAAUUUGUUUGAAUGAGACAUUUUUUGGAACAGCUGAUGAAACUUCAUAGAAUCAGGCAUAACAAUGUUUCAUUUUACUCUUAUUUUGACCAAGAGACCCAAUGUGUAAUGAGUCCAAUGGUGAUUUUUCAUGUCACUGUCCUGAUUUCUGUGUGGAAAUUUUCAUCCCUACAGCUGAAAGAACCUGGGGAUAAUGUUGAGUUGUUGCAGGGAAGCACUGAUAGUUUAAAUUUUUUCUUGCAAUCAACAUAGGUACACCAGGCUUUAAACCCAGUGUAACCGCUAGCAGAGAGUCAUUUUCCAGUUUGCAAGGAAUUUGCCACAUGGGUGCCCAACCCUCUGCCAAAUUCACAGAACCUCAUGCACCUGCUUACUGUAGCUCCAGCCAAUCAGAUGUCAUUGUCUUACACUAUUGGCUCCAACCAAUUAGAUUGCAUCGUGCCUCACCAGAUCUUUAAUGAAUAGAAGGUUGGAACAUCCCGCAACUGUUGUGAUUUGGAUGUUAACCUAAGAAGGGGGUUUGAUGAUUUCAGUACAUAGGACAUGUGAGAAAAUUCAGUUUUAGCGGGUGAAAAAGCUUUAAUUAGUUGUAUGUUUGUUUAUGUAGCUAUAAUUUAACAAAGCCUAUCUGAGAAAGACAGGGUAACUAAAUGUUAAAAUAUUUAAUUUAUGUAAUAUAGUUUUUAAUAGACUGGCAAGCACAUGCAUAUAUAUUUAAAUAUAAAUAACAUGUAUUUUUAAAGACCUUCACAAUUCCCUGAUAUGUUUAACCAAUAAAACAUGAAUGUGGAAUUAUCAGGCAA